AGUGUUCACAGUGCAAGUUGCUCCAUCAACAUACUGAUCUACGUUCAUGUUAUCAUAGUUGGUCAUAGAUCUACUCAGGUGUCGGGUUCGAUACGGUGUAUGGUGUCAGUGGCCCUGAUAAACCCAACAAACAUACAAAAACCGCCGGUGGUGUGGCUACAGCCAGGUUUAACAACUAUUCAACAGCAGCAGCAGCAGCAGCAGCCAUCACCAGGUUAACAGUGACUGUGAGAGCAGCAGGAGGAAGAAGAGGACUUUUGUGUGGUGACACAGCAGGUGUUAUAAUACUGUGUGAGGCCAGUGUAAGAUGUCUGAGGUACAGGCGGGGCGGCCAUCACAUGAACACCAUCCUAGGCCAACAUUCAACCAGGAAGAGCUCAGAGUGCUUCGAGAAUGCAAUAGGGAGUCGUUUUAUUACCGCAGCCUUCCUAUUGCAGCAGGCUUUUCUGCAGCAACAUUUGUAGCCAUGAAGCGAGGAAUUUUGAAAGUAAACCAGCGAUUUGGCUACACUCCGAAGAUGAUAGGAGCAGCAUUCAUUGGUUAUUUUGUGGGGAAGAUUUCAUAUCAGAACAUCUGUGCCGAGAAGUUAAUGCAGCUUCCUGACAGCCCAAUCGGUGAAGUCUUACGCAAGAGGAAGGGACGGAUGGGAUUUCAAGAGACCCUUGGCAUGGAGCCAGGAUUCUCAGUGGGAUAUCCUUCAACUGAGUUGGGUUCUUCCACUUCUGAUGCACCCAUCUUUGAUGACCACAGACCAGACGUGAGAGACCACAGUGAAGGUCUAGAUGAUUAUGAGCGUGGAGUUACAGAAUCACUAACUCCAUACACAGAAACCUCUUCCAGUAUACCUCAGCAAUACACAACUUAUCAAGAGCUUAGACGUCAAAAUCGAGAAGAGUAUGUCAAUAAAAUGGCUGAAAAAUAUCGUAGAUUACCAGCAGAUGCCUCACCAGAGAGUGGCCUUCAUCCUUUACUUACAGAAGAUUUUCACUCAGCACAGCCUACCUACAAGUCAGUGCCAACCCCACCAACCCAUUCAAAAAAGAAUCAGUAUGGUGAUGAAGUCUAUGAUUAAGUGAUAACAGGGUUUUAUGUCUUGCUACCAGCUCGUCUUCCACAAGUGAAGAUGUAUCCUGUCAGCUUCUGAGAAGAUUCAUUUGUGCCUUGUGGGUUUCUAAAUGAUAGCUUUAUUGUGCACAUGGCAGUUAUUCCUCUGAAUGGGACAACAUUUGAAUAUCGUGCUUUGAUAUAGUUUCUUCAUAUUCUGCUACAUUAUUAAAAAUUCACGAAAUAAACAGUGCUAAAAACCACAAAA